CUUUAUAUUACAAAAUCGUUAAGAUUGGACUGGAAGAAUCCGAUGAAACGGGCGAUAGGUUAGGAAGCCACUUCGGAUAUUGGAAAUUCAUCUCGGUGACGGUUUCCCUACCUCGCUGUAAAAAAUAUACAAGGUCUUGAUCGUUCGUUACGUAAUUGCAAUAUCGUGAUUCUGGAAUCCAGUAUCUUGGAGCUAUAUAGAGAACAAUCUUUCAUUAUGAUAGCCUUAUUGACCAGGCGAGCAAGUGGAGGGGGACUUGUUCGAAAGUCUAUAUCGUGCAUUCUGGACCAAAGAAAUUCAUCUGCCGCCGCCUCGAAAAGAACAAAAAUGAGUAAACUUACCUCUGAAGAAAGAGAGCAGAGUUUAAAUCCGCUGCUGUCGACGGGAUGGACCGUUCAGUCGGACAGAGAUGCAAUUUACAAGGAAUUUAUGUUUAAAAAUUUCAAUGAGGCUUUUGGAUUUAUGACAAGAGUAGCCUUACAGGCUGAAAAAAUGGAUCAUCAUCCUGAAUGGUUCAAUGUUUACAACAAAGUGAAUAUUACUCUGUCUUCUCACGACGUGAAUGGAUUAUCACAAAGAGAUGUGAAAUUGGCAACUUUCAUCAACCAAGUUGCUGGUGGUAUUGGCAAAUAAAACUGAUAACGAUCUACCUAUUAAUACUUGGAAGUUUUAUUUGUUGUAUACUUGCUUUACAUACACACAACAAUAAUAUAAUUGAUAUUUGUU